AAGUCAGAACUAAUGGCAAAGUGAACACAGCUGAUGGAUCUUGUGUUUUAGUUCCAAACAAGAAUUUAAGGAGCGGUAGCAGCUAUUUAAAUCAAAGAGAAACUUAACUGUUCAGAGGAAAGUAGCUGUUUUGAAUCCUAUAGAAAAGAGGAUAACGAGCCAGAAUGUCUGGACGUGGAAAGAAGCCGGCAAAGGCUGCAAAGGUCAUGAAAACUAAGUCAGAAAAGGCCGGUUUGCAGUUCCCAGUUGGCCGUAUUGGGCGGUUCCUGAGGAGAGGUCAUUAUGCUGAACGGAUAGGUACAGGAGCUGCAGUGUACCUGGCGGGCGUGUUGGAAUACCUGACUGCUGAGAUACUGGAGCUAGCAGGCAAUGCUGCUCAUGAAAACAAGAGACAGCGAAUUGGGCCACGACACAUCCAGCUGGCGGUGAGGAAUGAUGAAGAGCUAAACAAGUUGUUCUCAGGUGUGACCAUUGCUGAAGGAGGAGUCAUGCCCAACAUCCAUGCGCAGCUUCUUCCCAAGAAAACAGCGCACACUGCUGCUUCCCAAGAAGAGCCCAGUGGAUCUGGUUUUUGAUUGCAUGUAGAUCAGACUGAUCUAAAAUCUGACUUAAGGACUAGAAGAAAAAGAGAACCUGAAAAAAUCCUUUGCACUUUAAAUAAUUUAAAAGCUUUUAGUAUUAAAACUUCCAGGCUAUCAAA